CCCCGCCCCGAAUGUCGGCCUGCCACUCGGCUGGCGGGCAUACACGGCCACCGGUGGAUGAAGUCCCCCCCGGGACCAUGGGGCCCUGUCGGGCCUGCUCGCAGGCCGGAUGCCGCGUUUGCGAUGGCCCCGAUGGCUGCCUCAUUUGCGAAGAGCCCCUCCUGGUGGAAGCCAGUGGCCCGGAUGGGCGGGGCACUUGCGUGUCGACCUGCUCGAAGGGUUUCAUCGAGAGUGGCUCCCUGUGCAUGCGACAGCCCAAUGCCAGUGAGACAGCCUCAUUGGCAUUUGCGACGCUCGAGGAGGAGCUCAUCGAAUUCGACCCCCUGGUUGGUCCGCCGGAUGUAUCAUGCAUGGCCACCACCCAGAUGAUGUGGUCGUUGAAGGGCCGGACAUUGGUCAUUCGGCCUGACAGCCUGGGGUCCACCUCGGCGACCGAGCCGCUCCCCGGGCAGGGGGUGUUCUUCUUCUUCGGCACUGGCCAGACAUCGAUCAUGGCCAACAGCGACAUCGGUGCCGGGGCGGCCGACCGGUCGGUGCCCCCGCCAGAGGUGGCCCUCUUCCGGGACCAGCAGCACAAUAUGUAUGUCCGCCGGGCCGCCGAAGCCGGUCCGGUGGUGACCGACAGCCACAUCUAUCUGGGCUACAUCCUUUGCACCUCGACCACCAUCGACCAGGUGGUGGUUGCGUGUGACCGGCGGGCGGCCGGCUCGAGUGGCGAGGCGCCGUGUGUUCGAACAAAGCGCGCCGCCUUUCCCCUUGUCGGUGUCGAGUCGUGCGAUUGGAUUCAACAGGUGGAUCGCCAACAUCUGGUGGUCCAACUUUACAGCGGCAAGCCCUUCUUGGCCACCUUCGACGGGGCGAAGUUCGACCUGACGCCCGGCCUGCUGGGCGACUGGUUCCACAUGCCGACCCUGCCGCGGCCCUACCUGAUGGCCGGGCCGGGUCAAUUGGACCAGGCCGCCUGGUCCGGCAUGUGGUCGAGGUAUGGGAAUAUGUUGGUGGGCUUCCCGACGGAGCUGCUGGCGGCUCGGGCAGCGUGGGCGCCCUUCGGCACGCAGUAUAUCCAAGCGCCCGGGUCGCCUCAUACUCCGCAUAGCAUGCCGACCAUGGGCCCUUCCUCGUGGUCGGGCGUCGGCCGGCCGGCCCGGCAGAUGGUCUUCAGCAGCAUCGCCAAUGGCGAGUGGCUGGUACACUAUGCGCCCGGGGACAUGGCGCCCCAGGGUCGGACGGGGGAUUUGCCGACUCGCUGGCAGGUCCUCGGCCGGCUGCCGGCCGCGGCCUUGUUCCGAACGGACCACCAAUUGGUGGUGGAAAUCCCCGACCGGCCGGACACCCCGGCCUGCCUUGUCAUGCUGCUGCCGAACCAUGUGGGGGUGGCAUUGUACCGGUGUGGCGAAAGUCCGACCGAGGCAUGUCACUUCCUCCGGGCCACCUUCACGCCGCUGGAGCUGGGGCCCAAUGCCGGGCAUGUGGAGAUGGAUUUCUCCUCCCUCCUGGUGGUCCGGGCGGCCGGCGGGAGUACGCCCCAUCCGCGGCACCUGGCGUCGUUGAUGGUGGGCACCACCUCGAUGGAGUCUCCGGCCAUGCACCUGGCCAUCUAUGUUCCCUGCCCGUCCGGGACCUUUGGGGAUGCCUGCCAGCCGUGCGAUGCGCGUUGUCGAUCUUGCACCGGGCCGGGCCCCAGCGAGUGCACUGCGUGCCGCGCUCGACUGGCCCACCAGCCGGAUGCCUGUCUUCCGAGUGGCACCUGCCCGGACACCAUGUACCUCGAUGAGGAGGGCCUGUGCGGGUGCCAUGACAGCUGUGUCGAUUGCACGGGCGACCCGACGGCCGGCGUGCCCUUCGUGUGCACCGGGUGUCGGUCGGGCUUCGCCCGGGCCACGGGUGGCUUCGAGCCGGACCGGUGCUUUGCCUGCGCGAGCACCUGCGCCGAGUGCAGCCGCCCGGAUGACCGGUUUGCCUGCACCGCAUGCCGGGCCGGGCACUUCCUCCAUGCUGGGCAGUGUGUGGCCGCCUGUCCGAUGGGCACCUGGGCCGAUGGCAAUGUCGCCCAGUGCGUGCCCUGUUCGGAGGGCUGUACCGAGUGCGUCGAUGGCUUCUCCUGCGACGCCUGCCGGGAGGGCUUCUUCCAGCGGUGGGCCGGGGAUCAGUGCCAGCGGUGCGAUGGGUCGUGCGUCGAGUGCGAGGACGCCUUUUCCUGUUCGACAUGCCAGCCGGGGCUGGUGUUCGAGAACGCCGGCCAGCCGGGCAUGUCGAGACUCUGCGUGGCCAUCUGUCCCGGGCGGACCUUCCUCCAAUCGGGCGCAUGCGCCGCGUGCAAUCGCGAGUGCAUGCUCUGCUCGCAGGAGGCUCACUUGUGCGUGGCCUGCGCGUACGAAUACCGGUGGGCUGCCGGGCCGCCGGUGGCCCCGGCUGCCGGGGCUUCGUGCGCUCCCUGUCCGGAGGGAUGCGAGGCAUGCACCGAGGAUGAUCGCUGCUUGUCCUGCGUGUGGGGGUAUUACCUGACCGAGGAGGGUGUGUGUGUUGAUCAGUGUCCGCCGGGCACCUACCCGGACCACGCCAAUGGCCGGUGCCUGCCAUGCGAGGUGACGUGUGCCGAGUGCACCGGCCCAGUGUACUAUCAGUGUACGGCAUGCAGGCCGGGACUGGAGCUGGUCCCGGAUGAGCAUAAUCCCGAAUCCGGGGGCACUUGUCAGUCCCCCUGCGCCGAGGGUGAGUAUCCCGACCCGGCCGGUGACCAGUGCCUGGCGUGCGAUGUGUCCUGUGCCUCGUGCAAUGGCCCGAGCAAUGGGGAUUGCUGGCGGUGCCAAGAUGCGGCGGAUGUCCUCCAGGAGGGAGUCUGCGUGCAGGCCUGUGCCCCGGGCUAUGUGGCCAUUGACAGGCGGUGUCUUCCGUGCCAUCGGUCGUGCGCGACAUGCUCCGGGCUUCGGGCCACCGAGUGCACCGGGACCUGUCCGGAGGGGCUCUUCGCAUUUGCCAUCGACGUGGGUGCCAUGAUGUGCGUUGCCUCCUGCCCGGCCUCGAGCCGGGCUCAGGAUGGCGAGUGCCAAUUGUGCCCGACUGGGUGUCUGCGCUGCCCGGAUGACCGGAAUACCUGUACCCAGUGCGAGCGGACAUACGCCCUGCAUGGGGGCCAGUGCACGAGUUCCUGCCCGGAGGAGACGGCCCACAUUGGCGGCGUCUGCCUCGCCUGUGAGGCCGGCUGUAAAAGUUGCCUCGGCCCGGCCGAGGACCAGUGCACGUCCUGCCUGGCGGAGGCGCCCCUGUGGGCGGAGUACCGCUGCAUGGCCGCCUGUCCGGCGGGCAGCUAUGCCGAUGCGGAGGGCGCCUCCUGCAUGCCGUGCCAUGUCCUUUGCCAGGAGUGCUCCGGGCCGGGGGAGGAUGAUUGCACAUCCUGCCCGGCCGAGCGGGUGUUCUUCCAGGAGAGCAUGUGCUUGUUGGACUGCCCGGCGGGCUUCCACCGGGAGGACCUGGCGCGUGGGUCCUCCCCGGCCGAGUCCGAGCCGGGGUGUGCUGCCUGUGACCCGAGUUGCCGCACGUGCGAGGGCGAUGGGCGGUGUGCCAGCUGCCGGCGUGGGCAGGUCCUCCUGCCGGCGGGCACCUGCGGCGACACCUGCCCCGAGGGCUGGACCAAGUGCAGCAUGGCCCACGAGUGCCGGGCCAAUCCGCCCAAUUGCGAGAUCGGCCUGGCGGUGGGGGACGACGAGUGCACCAUCCACUGUGUCACCUGCCGCAAGGGGUGGAUCCUGUCGGCGGGGCGGUGUGUGACGGCCUGCCCGCCCGGGGAGUACCAUGUCCCGGGCACGGGGCACUGCGCCGGGUGUGACAAGUCCUGCCGGAGCUGUGUCAACAGCGCCACCUUCUGCACCUCGUGCUUCCGUCAGGACCACUGGCUGCAUGUUGGGGAGGGUGUCUGCGCGUCGGCCUGUCCGAUGGUGGGCUUCGCGCCGGUGGGCCGGCCCCAGGACCGGGUGUGCCUGGCCUGCGGGGAGGGCUGCGAGCGGUGCACCGCGCCGGCCGACCAGCCCGGCUGCACGCCCCUGCCGGGGGGCCAGCUGGAGUGCCCCACCAUCCGGGGCUCGUGCGACCAGUGCACCGGUGCGCUGCAUCUCCUGCAUGGCCAGGAGUGCGUGGCCGAGUGCCCGCCGGGGACCUUCGCUGAUCGGGAUGCCCCGAAUGCCCCGUGCGCGGUGUGCCACGAAAAGUGCGCCUUCUGUGACGGGCCCUCGGCCGAGGAUUGCACCCGCCGCCCGAGCAGGAGCACCUCGACCAUCGGGUUGAUCGUCGGCGUGGUCGCCGGAGUGUUGUUGGUGCUGAUUUUGCUGGCGAUCGUGGUGGUGCUGUACCUCCGCCGCCGCGCGGCCAACGCCGCGGCCAAGAGUAUCUUCGUACGUGUGGCUCCUGGCGCCCAGGCGUGCGAUCGGCCUCCGGCUCGGCCGGGUGCUCGGGAUGAUUCUUCUUCUGUCUCUCCUUUUUCCGGCGCAUCCUCCUGCCUGCCGGUGUGCCGGCCCGCCGACUGACCACGGGCCUUGGGCCAAUCCCCCUCCCCCCCUAUCUUUUUCCGGCACUUACGCGCCUGUGUGGCACUGCGGGCGAAGAGCGCAAAUGGCUUGGAAGAAGGUGCGUGUCCUGGCUGUGGGGGUGAUCGUGCUGGCCCGGGUGGCGCCCAUUCGGUCGGGCGCAUGGGCGCGGUGCUGUGUGGCCCGCAUGCGUGUUAUUUUGCUCCUUUUUUUUUCCCGCCCCCCCCCCUCUUUCCGCCCCAGUGGCCGGGCCUCCAUACUGACCGGCUUCGGCGGCGGCGGCGGCG